CAGAGCGCGCCUCUGACCGCGGGAAAUCCAAAUUUCGCGGGACGAAGUUUGGCGCUAAAACAGAGGCUCUGAGAUCUGCUGGCGGUCCUAGGAGCAGUGAUCGCUACGGGGGGCGGGGGAGAAAGCAAACGUUUCCCGCGAACAUCUUAACAAGAUAUUUUUUUUCCCUAUUCGAGUCUCUCCCGCAGGAUUUCCUCAAUUUGGACAUGUGUGUAUUGGUGCGGUUCGCUGCGGUUCCAUAGAGGACAUAUUUGUAGUACUGGGCUGACGGGGACACUGGCUAAAGGCUGUUGUAUUUUAUCGAGAUAUUAUCUGAAGUGUAUCUCUUCCGUCAGUCGCUGGAAGAGGAUGAUGCGGAUAUGCAGGGGGGUUUCUCCCGCUGCGGCGAGACCUAACGCCGGGCACUCGGGUCUUCAGAGGAAGGUCGUCCCUGGAGGGAAAACGGAGAUAUUCGGCAGCGCACUUUGUAGCCCGCCGAUCAGCGCCGUGCCGGUCGCUUAUUUCACCCAGAUCUGCAGCUCGUCCGGCGCCGACCAGAGGAACGGUUACCCCUGCGCGACCCCCCACGGACCCGAUGUGAAGCCCGUCAGAUCGGCCUCCGGGAGACUUCCGGCCAAGAGGAAGCUGGACUUGGAAGAUCCCCCAUAUCUCCCUGACUACCGCACCCCCAAAGGAAAGGGGGCUGCAGUCAGGCUCUCUAGCCCCAAGACCUCCAAGUCCCCGAGCGAGCGCACGCGGUACGACACCUCCCUGGGCCUCCUCACCAAGAAGUUUGUGGGACUGCUGAGCGAGUCAUCGGAUGGCGUGCUGGACCUCAACUGGGCCACCGAGGUGCUGGAGGUGCAGAAGAGGCGCAUCUAUGAUAUCACCAACGUGCUGGAGGGCGUGCAGCUCAUCCGCAAAAAGUCCAAGAACAACAUCCAGUGGCUGGUCGGGAGGGCCUUCGAGGGCUCGGCCGGCGGCUCGGAUCAGGCGCGGACCCUCAGGAGGGAGCUCAGCGAGCUGGAGAGAGCGGAGGAGGUCCUGGACCAGCUCAUCCAGAGCAGCUCCACCCAGCUGAGCCAGCUGACUGAGAGUAAAGACAGCCAACAGCUGGGAUAUGUCACCUACCAAGACAUCCGCUCUAUCGCCAGCUUGCAAGAUCAGACAGUCAUCGCCAUCAAGGCUCCGUCCGAGACCAAGCUGGAGGUUCCGGCAUCUUCGGGGGAUUCCCUGCAGAUCCACCUGAAGAGCAGAAAUGGCCCCAUCGAGGUCUAUCUGUGUCCAGAGGAGGAGCUCGAUGACAGCAGUCCCGUUAAAGGCCCCGCCCCUGAGUCAUGUGGUCCCACCCCUGAGUCAUGUGGCCCCGCCCCUGAGUCAUGUGGUCCCACCCCUGAGUCAUGUGGCCCCGCCCCUCCUUCCAUCAAGCAGGAGCCUGCUGAAGCAGAGAUGCCAGCCAUCACCUCCGGAGGCCCCCUGCUGGAUGUCGAGGGCAUCCUGGGAUUGCCCCCCAGCCUGCUGCAGACGACGGAGGACCAGCUCCCCGGCUCCGCGGAGCCUGCCGGCCCCUUUGUCAGCUUCACCCCCCCUCUGGACCAUGAUGACUAUCUGUGGGGGCUGGAGGACGGCGAGGGGGUGUCUGACUUCUUUGAUACCUACGAUUUAGGCGACCUCCUCAGAAGCUGAGGCCAGCGUAGUGGGCCGGGGGGGCCACAGUGGUGCUAUGGGGUGGGGGUGAGGGAUCAGGACAGGAACCCCCCCCCAGCCGUGCUUAGUUCUCCUAAUUGAUGUUACGUGGGCUAAUUGGCGGUGUGUGUGUGUGUGUUUUUUUUUUUUUCUCCUUGGGUUUAUAAUUAAAUAAUUGGCUAGUGAUUUUCUUAAAGGGUGGGGCUUAUGGCACUGAAGCCAGGUCAGCGGUCUAAAAUGGGCAGGUCCAAGGUUUACAUUAUGUUGGGGGUGUCUUAGAUAUUUCACACUCCUCAACACCUCCUUGGCUGGUUGCAGGGUCUCUCUUUGGACUUGAUGCCUGGUGCCCCCCUCCUCAAAAAAAAAAGGAACCUUUUCUAUCUUUGCAAAAUGAAGUUCUAUGUGGAGUUUGCUAAAAGUGAAAUGACUUGAUCCUGGGUAAGCAGGGACAGUCCUCCUCAGGUCUGCAUUCUUCCCCAGAGGGUAGGGGGUGU